CUGCCAUAUCAUCAACUGCUGAUGCGUUGCCUUUAUUGAAAUAUCACUGAAAAGUGGGUGCAUAUCUAUCUCCUUGUUGCCGGGAUCUAUUCUGGAUCUUUUCAUAUGACGAGUUGCUGAUAUAAGAUGAAGGACAGUACAAAUUGUACUACAAUGUCAAUGCCAGAGUCUCAAGAAGAAGAGAGCAACCCAUUCGAAAAUAUGCAGAUGGAGCUGCACAGCAAAGGAGCUGUUCUGACCAAAGCCUGGUCUGACUUGUUUAGCUUUAUUACAAAAUAUCAAGCAGAGCUGACAGUGAAGGAGAACGCUGUUGAAAUUGCUGAACGGGAGAUUGAUGUACGUAAAAGACAAUUGGAGGAAAUGAAACCGAUGGUCGAAGCUGGAAACGACGAGAUAUCCAGAUUACAAGACGAGAUUCAAACGAAGGAAAGACAGCUGAAUAAGUCGCAAUCUGAACUCCUUAUGAAAGAACAGAUGUUGCGAAGUGUGCAGUCAGACUUGUCUUGUAAUAUGGAACUUUUAGAUAAAGCCAGAUGUGAUCUUUUAGACAGGCAAUCAGAAAUUGUGCGUAAUAAAGGCGAUUUAGAACGUUUAAAAUCUGAUCUGACUAUAAAACAAGAACAAAUUCAAAUAAAGGACAACUUAUUGGAAAAAUUACAGAAUCAGUUGAUGAAAGAAAAUGCCGAACUCAAGCAGCAGUAUGAAUUGGAGAAACUGAAAUUUGAAUUGGAACAACAAUCUCAUGAACGCACAAAGAGAAGUCUGAGGGAUAAAUCAAAACAUUCCAUGUCUACCAGCAAUGUGAUAGAAAUUCCAGACUCCCCUCCAACCCUUGAUCUCUCUGUCGAACAGCCAGACUUUGGUCUCUCCAAUAUAAUUUCGGUUGCUGAGGCCCAAUCCAGACAACCAUUGGAACAGGACUCGCAACCUUCACAUUCCGAGAGCCAAACUUUAUCGAAUUUAUCGAGACAGUUUUCAAAUGCUCAAAGCUCUACGUCUGUGACUAUAAAGCCAACAAAAUCAGUUUGGCCUGUGAUAUCCCCUUCAGUAUCCUCAUCAUGCAUUCAACGGUCAAAUUCACCGUCACGUUCUUCAGUGCCCAAUAGAUCUCAUAAAGAAACUGACAAGUUUGACAUCGGUGAUAUCUCAGCCAGUGACAUUUUCUUCCCAUUGAGUAUUUCACAUGCUGAAGACGACAAAAGUUCUAUUGACAAAUCCAGCGGUGGUAUGAUGGUCAGUUCGGAAAUGAACGACUUGAGGGGGAUGCCAGGUUUAGAAAUGAGUGACAGCAAUCAAGAAAUGCAGGUCCCAGAAUCGGGGCCUAUUCCAAGUACUGGGAUGUCGCCGCCGAGAGGCAUGUCAUUUAUGGAGGGGAUGCAAGAAGCAUCUGAUGGAAAGAAAAGAAUGCCCAACAGAGAAGCACACACAUCGGUGUUUUUUGAAGGAUCGAGACGAUCGCUCUACAAAUGUCAACAAUGUGGGACCGUCUCAAGUAGUCACCGGAACCGCGACGUUCAUCUCAGGACUCAUACAGGAGAAAGACCAUUUAAAUGCAACGAAUGUGAAAAAAGUUUCACCUCUAAAGGAAAUCUACAAGUUCACAUGCGUAUUCAUACAGGAGAGAAGCCAUUCAGUUGUAAUAUUUGUGGAAAAUGUUUUGCCUGGCCGAAUAUACUUAAAGUACACAAAGUGGUUCACCAAAUGUGAAAAAGUUUUGCCUCAAAAUGGAAUUUACGAACUGAGAGAAGGUAUCCAGACCGACGAGAAACCAUUCACUUACACUAUUUGUUGCUUUGUCGGGUGAUUACACUUAAACAUAACAUAUGAAGAUUUAUUCAGGUGAUUACACUUAAACAUAACAUGUAGAUUUAUUCAGGAGAUUACACUUAAACAUAACGUGUGAAGAUUUAUUCAGGUGAUUACACUCAAACGUAACAUGUAGAUUUAUUCAGGAGAUAACACUUAAACAUAACGCGUGAAGAUUUAUUCAAGGUGGAAAGAAAACGAUUUACUAACAGUAUCGGUGGCAAAAUUUUGCUAACUGUUGGAAUAUUGUAUCAUCAUUUGAGUGAUAUUUUUGAAAAUUAAAACGCAUGCAGAAAUUUCCCGACUUACAGAACUGAAGGCCAAUCUGUGGCGCCAUCUCUGCUCACCGUUUGAACUUCGCAGUCCAGAUGUGAACGCACACAGGCCAUUGCCCCUUUAAGUGUUGCGAUGCUUUUGCCAAGAAAGGAAAUCUCCACAUUCAUAUGAGAAUUCACACAGGAAAAAAAACCAUGCGAGUGUAUAAUUUGUUUGAAGCAGUUUUCCAGGUUAGAUGCCAUGAAGUCACAGUGUUAAGAACUUGGAAUUGUUAAAAGCAGGCUCUUGUGUGUUGGUAGUAAGGCAUUGUUUUGGAGUUGAUUGCCAGACUAUUUAGCUCUUAUUUUCAAGUGCAUGUAGUUCAUGCUGCAAUCUUUAACUGAUGCAAUAGCUGUGGGUCAGAAACCAUGAAGUCACAUAGUUAAAAUUGUUAAAAGCAGAUUCUUUUAUGCUGUCAGUGAAGCUGUGUUUGUCAGUCAAUUGUGGGGCUAUUGAAACGUGCUCUGUAUUGCACCACAUAUUCCCUGUUAACAUGGUUAAGACUUGAAUAAAGGCUUGAUUGAUUAAAAAUUCCUAUGUUAUUAAUUUAGAUGUUUAAAGAUCAUUUACUGCAUCUAUAUUUUAUCAAAGGGUACAAGGAAGGCCGCCCUUUUGAGUAGGGAUAGUGGCACCCCAAUACGAUUAAUAACGUGUUCUGUAUCACACUGUUAACAUGGUUAAGACUUGAAUAAGGGCAUGAUGAGUGAUUAAAAAUUCCUAUGUUAUUAAUUUAGAUGUUGAAAGAUCAUACUGCAUCUAUAUUUUAUCAAAGGGUACAAGGAAGGCCACCUUUUUGAGUAGGGAUAGUGGCAUCCCAAGAUGAUUAAUAACGUGCUCUGUAUCGCACUACAUAUUCCCUGUUAACAUGGUUAAGACUUGAAUAAAGGCUUGAUUGAUUAAAAAUUCCUAUGUUAUUAAUUUAGAUGUUGAAAGAUCAUUUACUGCAUCUAUAUUUUAUCAAAGUGUACAAGUAAGGCCCCCUUUUUGAGUAGGGAUAGUGGCACCCCAAGAUGAUUAAUAACGUGCUCUGUAUCUCACUACAUAUUCCCUGUUAACAUGGUUAAGACUUGAAUAAAGGCUUGAUUGAUUAAACAUUCCUAUGUUAUUAAUUUAGAUGUGGAAAGAUCAUUUACUGCAUCUAUAUUUUAUCAAAGUGUACAAGUAAGGCCGCCUUUUUGAGUAGGGAUAGUGGCACCCCAAGAUGAUUAAUAACGUGCUCUGUAUCUCACUACAUAUUCCCUGUUAACAUGGUUAAGACUUGAAUAAAGGCUUGAUUGAUUAAACAUUCCUAUGUUAUUAAUUUAGAUGUUGAAAGAUCAUUUACUGCAUCUAUAUUUUAUCAAAGGGUACAAGGUAGGCCACCUUUUUGGGUAGGGAUAGUGGCAUCCCAAGAUGAGUAAUAAUGUGCUCUGUGUCAAACUACAUAUUCCCUGUUAACAUGGUUAAGACUUGAAUAAAGGCUUGAUUGAUUAAAAAUUCCUAUGUUAUUAAUUUAGAUGGUGAAAGAUCAUUUACUGAAUCUAUAAUUUAUCAAAGGGUACAAGGAAGGCCGCCUUUUUGAGUAGGGAUAGUGGCACCCCAAGCUAAUCACAAGAUGAUUUAUAACGUGUUCUGUAUCACACUACAUAUUCCCUGUUAACAUGGUUAAGACUUGAAU